UCCCAAGGAGGAGAUCUCAGCCGGGAACGUAUCGUCGUAGAAAAGCCGUCCGCUCUCAAGGCAGUGCUGCCGCAGAGUCUCGUAGUCCUGGUUCAGAUAGAGGACGGAGAGACUUCUGGUUCCUGUUGGAAACAUCGUCUUACAGCGGGAACUUUCUUCCUUCAUCAUGUCCGGUGUCGCGUCUACCUUGGCCAAAAAGCGAGCCGAGGCCGCUGGCUUUGGCACCAACGCCAAGGCGAUCCGGUACCUAAACCAGGACUUUGGGACUCUGCGGGCUCAAUGCCAAUCCUCGGGAAAACUCUUCUGCGACCCGAUGUUCCCCACCGUGCCCGAAUCUCUGGGCUUCAAAGAACUGGGCCGCAACUCAUUCAAGAUCAGAGGAGUCACCUGGAAGAGACCCACGGAACUCGUGUCAAACCCUGAGUUCAUCUUGGGUGGAGCCACCAGGACAGACAUUUGCCAGGGAGCUCUGGGUGACUGCUGGCUGUUGGCUGCCAUUGCUUCUCUGACCCUGAAUGAAUAUGUGAUGGCCCGGGUUGUUCCCACCGACCAGGGAUUUGGGAGCGAUUACGCUGGAAUCUUUCACUUUCAGUUCUGGCAGUUUGGAGAGUGGGUGGAUGUGGUGAUUGAUGACCGUCUCCCAGUCAAAGAUGGUGAACUGAUGUUCGUCCACUCGGCGGAGGGGAGGGAGUUCUGGAGUGCUCUCCUGGAGAAGGCCUAUGCCAAAGUCAAUGGCUGCUACGAGGCCCUGUCUGGUGGUUCCACCACAGAGGGCUUUGAGGAUUUCACUGGAGGAAUUGCAGAGAACUUUGACCUCCAACACCCCCCCUCCAACCUGUUCUACAUCAUCAAGAAGGCCCUGGAUGCAGGAGCCCUGCUGGGCUGCUCCAUCGAUAUCACCAGUGCCGCAGACUCUGAAGCUGUCACUCGUCAGAAACUGGUUAAAGGCCACGCCUACUCACUGACCGGUGCUGCCGAGGUGAACUACCGUGGGCGGCAGGAAAAGUUGGUGAGAAUGAGAAACCCAUGGGGUCAGGUGGAGUGGACCGGAGCAUGGAGUGAUGGGUCAUCUGAGUGGAACAACGUACAGGGGGAGUGCCCUAAUGCUAACGCAGAAGAUGGAGAGUUCUGGAUGUCCUACAACGACUUCAUCCGUAACUAUUCUCGCGUUGAGGUUUGCACGCUGACUCCUGAUGCCAUUACGGACGACUCGGUCAAACACUGGAGCGUCAACAAGUUUGACAGCUCCUGGAGGCGUGGCUCGACGGCCGGUGGCUGCAGGAAUCACCCUUACACGUUCUGGAUGAAUCCUCAGUUUGUGAUCAAACUGGACGAGGAGGACGACGACCCUGAUGACGGAGUGAACGGCUGUAGCUUUGUAGUCGGACUCAUCCAGAAGAACCGCAGACGUUUGCGGAAACAGGGCGAGGACAUGCACACCGUUGGGUUCGCCAUUUACGAGCUUCCUCAACAGUUCCAUGGGCAGCGAGAAGUGCACCUGGACAAAAACUUCUUCCUGACACACGCUCAGACGGCAAAGUCAGAAACUUUCAUUAACCUACGUGAGGUCAGCACCCGCUUCAGGCUGCCGCCCGGGGAGUACCUGAUUGUGCCAUCCACCUUUGAACCACACCUGAAUGGAGAUUUCUGCAUCCGUGUCUUCUCUGAGAAGCAGUCAGAGACACAACCCUGUGACGACCCAGUUGAGGCUGAUCUUGAAGACGAGACAGUAUCUGAUUCCGAAGUGGACGCAGCAUUCAGAGGCCUCUUCGCCAAACUUGCUGGAGACGACAUGGAGAUUUCUGCAACUGAGCUGAGGACAAUCAUGAACAAAAUCGUCUCCAAAAGAACCGACAUCAAGACCGACGGCUUCAGCAUGGAGACCUGCAGGAUCAUGGUUAACCUAAUGGAUAAGGACAGCGGAAAUGGAAAACUCGGCCUGGGGGAGUUUGCCACCCUGUGGAAGAAGGUCCAGAGAUACCUGUCUAUCUACAAGCAGAAUGAUACGGAUAAUUCAGGAACUAUGAGCACGCCUGAGAUGAGAGUGGCCUUCAAAGAUGCAGGGUUCAAGCUCAACAACACCAUCUACCAACUGUUGGUGGCGCGAUACUCUGAUACGGACAUGACCAUUGACUUCGACAACUUUGUGGGAUGUUUGAUGAGACUGGCGAUGAUGUUCAAAAUCUUCAGGAAGCUGGACCCUCACAACAGUGGCUCCAUUGAGAUGGACUUUAAUCAGUGGUUGACCUUUUCCAUGAUCUGAACCAUGACUCCACCUUCACCCCGACCCUCAGUGUUAAGACUGCAAACCAUUAACAAUUGUCACAACUGAUACUUCUUCUAUUUGAUCAUAUUUCAAAAGUGAUGGUUCUUUUCUUACCUUUACACCUGUACCUGACUGGUUCCAUAAAGUCAAUAAAUAUAUCCACAAACUU